GAUUGCAACUGCACUUGUGAUUGGUCUAAAUAUUUUUUAUGCAUAUUUAUUUAGGACUUUAUUGCCCACCAAUCUAUGUCUAUUUUAUUCUUCUUGUCAUAAGCGAUUAUAAAUGGUGGAAUAUUUUCUAAAUAAAUACAGAAAAAUAACUUUAUUAAUUGUAACAAAUAAUAAUUGAAAAAAUGGUAGAGAUGGGCGGCUCUCUUCGAAGAGAGGUGUUGCGAGUGUUUAAGAAACUCCAUAGAACAAGAUUGAAGACAUUUGAGGGUGAUGAGCAUGCAUUGCAAGUGAUAAGAAAUAAAAUAAACGAAGAAUAUAGAAAAUAUAAAAAUGUCACCAACUCAGCGGCCAUUGAAGAGUUGAAUAAAUUUGCACUGGAAGUCGAACAUGAGGUGCGAACAACUGUUAUUCAGGUGGUUGAAACUGCACCUGGAAAAGUAGCAUUAAAACUCACUCCGGAUGUUCUGGUGGAUAAUGUAUCAUAUAAAGAUCAGAAUGAUAAUUUGGACAAGGAAUGUAAAAACCAAGUAAAAUCAAGCUGCAGGAAACCCAUGUCGAAGGACACCGAAUAGACAAUCUCUAGAGAAUGAAAACUGAAGUUAAAUAAGAAUGGUUUAGAGUCACAAGUUGUAAAUGUUUGAUUAUUAUUGGUAAUUGUAAAUAUUGUGCAUUACAGGUAUGUUAUAAGGAUGUAUUAUAAGUGUACAAAAGUAACAAAUAUAUUGUACGUUUCACAUUAAUUAAAGAACACAAUCUUCAUCCAUAAUGAAAGUAAUCUUUAUUUACAGCAAUAGAAUUACGAUGGAUGCUGAAAAUAUAUACAAGUUUUUGCUGUC